AACCAAACAAUUUCAUUUUUAGUAGUUCGAAAUUACUGAACAUUUUGGAUAUAAAUAGGAAGUUACAAGAACAGUCCUAAUUACAUGGGUCAGUCUCCGAAAACAGAGAUCAUAAGAAAUAAUCAUAUAGAUAAUGGGGAAGACACAAUAGAUAUGCAGAAGCUAAGUAAAUCAGAGAGAAGGAAGGGUCCACGAAGAUGGAACCUUAUCUGGUACCAGUCAAUGCAUCUGCUUAUUUACUUCUUAAGCUACCCCAACACCAUCCACUUCCUUCAUUUAUAGGCUUUUUCUUAUUACUUGUGAAGAAACAAACACCUUCCUACUUACUUUGAACUCAAGCAAGACCAGUCCACAAGGAGAGUCAUGGCCCACUCACUAACCCCGGCACCUGCUCCUGCAACGGUACCCAUCUCAACAACCUCAAGAAAGAAGACUCAAUGCUCAUCUCUAGGAUGUGAUGGAGACCUGGAUUAUAAACUUGUACAUCGCAGGGCUGUGACAUUGGGCCUAGCUGGUGCAGUGCUCGGCUUGAAUGUCAGUGAUCGAGGUGUGAGUGCGGCAGCCAGAAGGCCUCCGCCGCCACCACCUGAGGAGAGGAGGGGGAGGGACCCCAAUUUGAGUGGUGUCCAGGCAAAAGUUUUGGCAAGCAAAAAAAGAAAUGAGGCCAUGAAAGAAGCCGUGGGCAAGCUAAGGGGGAGAGGGAAGCCUGUCGACGGACCAACUGCAUCUGAAUGAUUUAUCAUCAAACGCAUACCACCUUUGACGUUUCAAGUGUCUUUCUGCAGAAGAUGGAUACAGAAUAUUGGUGCUCUCUCUAGUCGAUUACAUGUCAUGGUGAUUUGACCAGUUGCCUGGUUAAAUACCGAACAUUGGUUCGUAGGUACAUACAAAAAUCGGAAUGAGAAUUAUGUCUUGAUAGUUGUUCUUUUGCUUGUAAACGUUCUGCAUCUUAA